AUUGCGGAGGAGGCGCGGCCACCACACAGCAUCAGCGUCUCAAACAUGGCGGGCAACCAGCUGGACUCAAUAGUCAUCUGUACGCUGUACAUAGCGUCUUUAUUUCACCCACCCGUGCAUUGUCACGGGACACAUGGGAGAACCGCUGUAGAUGAGAAGGGCAACAGGUUUCGUGACUCCAAUAUCGUCCAGGAUCAAGAACAUAUCAAGGAACACUUGCAAGAAUUGUACGAUCUGGACAAGAAAAAUAUCAGCGAAAUGUCGGCCGAAGAAUUAGAAUUCUACUACUUCAAAUUACACGACUUUAACAACGACUCCCGUCUGGACGGGCUGGAGAUCCUGACGGCCCUGUCCCACAUGAUGCCGUACGAAGACAUGCACGAGGUGAAGGCGGAGAUCCAGCAGCGGCUGAAGGAGGGGAAGGCGCCGCCCAGCCCGCAGGAGAUGCAGGCGGAGGCCCUGGGGUACUACACAGAACUGAUUGACCAAGUGCUGAAGGACGAUGACUUUAACAACGACGGUUACCUGACGUACCUGGAGUAUGUGCUGGCACGUAGGCGGGACGAAGAAAAAUAUGCAAGGCAAAAAUCAGAACAUUAGGAGGCUGGAACAACAUCACCAAACAACUACAACUACUAGUGAUAGAGAAAAUACAGUCAAACAUGUACAACCUCUUCAUAAGGGCCACCUGGACAAUUUGGAUACUUUUGUUGUCUCUUGGAUAAUUUUUUUUUACCAUUGACAUUAAAAAAUGUGUCUGAAGUGUCCACCUGCCCACAAAAACAGAUGUAAAGGCCUUCUAAAGCAGGUAGACUUGCCUGUUGAACAAGUGAGUGCAAGUUUUGAGCAGAUGUUACAUUUUAGUGGUGUAAUGUACUUUAGAGGUGUUUGCAUGUACAUAUCAUGUUUGUAGCUAUAUGUUCAUUUGAGGGAAAAUAUCUCGCAAUUUGUACACAGUAAGUUGAGAUGAAGUGAACCUUCACUCUUCUCCCAUGGUGCCUCAAAGUAGUCAAACAUGAAGAGUGGGAUAUCUAAGAUGGAUAUUUUUACAAAGAUGGGAAGCAAUUCUACCUACCAGAUUGUCUGUCAUGUUUGCAGAUAAAGAUGUAUUUUGUGCAGAUACCGGUUAUGAUCAGUAAAGCAAAAGUGUCUCACUGGACUGCGACAAAUUUUAGUAUGAAAUGCGUCGACUUUAAAAUUUGUGCCAAUUUUCCCUUGCAGCCACACUGACCUGCAAUACAUUUGAGUAUGAAGCCUAGAUGAACAAAAUGGCUACAACUAGAAUGUCUCAUUCUCAGUUUUGGUACAAGAUAACUUUAUCGGAAACCACAGUAUUGCCACUGUACUAAAAACCAAUGUGAAAUGUUAAAAGUAAUUCACUAAAGAGAUUUUCAGUGAUACGAUAGAUGUGGAUGAAGGACAUUCACUGUUGUGCGUCAAAUGCAAUUUUUUUAACUUUAAAAAAUGUGCUAUUUCCAGUGACAGCUUGACCCCAAUGCCUACCACAACUUAGUCCAGUGAGAUACCCACUUAAAUGUAGUGUUGUAGACUAUUCAUUGUAAAUGAAGCAUUGAGAGGCUAGUUUAGAACUGUUAGCUUACUUUUCAUUAGAGAAUCUGUCUUAAAUGUGUUGUUACCAAAGUCUAGAAUUGGGCACUGAUGUUAUCUUAGUUUACAUGAAGAGUAUUGUUAGUUUGUCGCACAGUCCAGUUUGGCUGUUGGAGCAUACAGUUUUGUAUUAGUUAGGCUUGCAGUGUACCAUGUUUUUUUGGAAUAUAAAUGUUCAAGCAGAGUUCUUGAAAUUGUCAUGGAUGUUAUUAUUAUUUUUUCAAUAUUUGCAGUGAACUCUUGACCGCAAACUUAAAGCCAUUGUUUCCAUUACUGUACAGUAUGUGACCAUAGCACUAACCUUAAAGACUACAUUCCCUCCCUACUGUGAAAUUAAGUCACCCCAAACUUAGAGGGAUUUACAGUAGUCGUCUAUUUUCCUGUGACAAUGGUAUAAGCAGUUCUAGAGCUAUAUCAAGCAAAAGAAUACUCUACGAGCUGCUGUGGUAUUUAUACACGGUUAUAUUUCUGCUGACCAAGUAGAAAGGCCUGUAAAUUGAGCGAGGUUAACAUUUUUCACACUAAUAGUUCCAACAGUAACAUUCCAAUGAUACAGAAUGACUCAUUUUAGAAAAGCAAAAUAUAUCAGCCAUUCAUAUAACAUCUGAAAGCCAUGUUGCUCAUCCCUAAAUGGAUCUUUCCCAAAGUACCAUGUAAGCACAAAAAUGGAGGGUAAAGUAACAUAGAUGGUAAAGAAUACAGCAGACUUCAUCUUUACCUGAAAAAAGAAUUUCAAAUGGGAAGCAAAUCACAGCAGUUGUGUAUAAAGGCACCUGGUGUACUAUAUUUUGUUACAUAGUCACACUAUGGGACUGAUGGAUGGAGUUACAGGGAAUUACUACCUACAUAAUAAUUAAAAGAAGAGAGGAGAGUUUUAAAUGUCUAACACAACAUCAACAGCAUGUAUUGUUACAGCAUGAGGACAAAAAUUCAUUCCACUCCAGCCCUUUAAGCCCCCCCCCCCC